UCCGCUGAGAGACUAUUAUGGGCUAUCGAGGAUUAUUCAGGGAGAGGGCUGAGGUGAAAAAAAAUUGCUGCGAGGUAGAAGUAAAUAUGGAGCUCUCAGCCGUCGGGGAGCGGGUCUUCGCCGCCGAAUCCAUCAUUAAACGGCGCAUUAGGAGAGGUCGGAUGGAGUAUCUGGUCAAAUGGAAGGGCUGGUCUCAAAAAUACAGCACCUGGGAACCCGAGGAGAAUAUUCUGGAUGAGCGUCUUUUCGCUGCUUUUGAAGAAAGAGAGCGUGAGAGGGAGAUGUAUGGGCCAAAAAAGAGAGGCCCUAAACCAGAAACUUUUUUAAUGAAGGCAAAAGCUAAAGCAAAAGGCAAAAACUUUGAGUUCAGACAGGAAAUGUCUCGAGAUUUGCAUGUGUCAUUCCCGGUAGCCGAACCGGUUGUGACACCCAGAGCACGUGAGGGACUGCGGACAGUCGUGCCAACGAUUUUUCCUCCGAGCACCAUCAACAGAGGCGAAAGUGUCCGUGUGCGUCCACCGGACCCUGAGAGAGACCCACUGAUGCAUGGGAUGCUGGUACAACGCCCGCUGGAUUUUGCCAGCUCACCAAAAAAGCGAGGACCAAAGCCAAAAUUGCGUCCAGGAGGUUCAUCCACCGAAGGGGUUAAAAGAAAGGCAGAUGAACCAUUAUCUUAUCGACCUUCCAAAUCUGAGAGAUUGGGAGAGACUUCGAACUGUGAUGUCACCCAAUUAACCAAGAAGUUUCAAGCAGAAUCCAGCCACGUUCAAAAGCAAAUGGGAAGCAGGUCAAGUGAUGUAAAGUUCACACAUGGUGGCACCAUCUUAAAAGCUGGGCUUGGUGUUUUGGGACCUCAACGGAAGGACAGCCCAAGUGGUGCCAUAAAGCACUCCAAAAUGAAACAUCCUCCCAAAAGCAAUCUAUUUCGAUCCACCGAUCAAACCAGAGAGCAGUUGUCUCUGAGUUUUAUAGACGAAACCGAUCAGUCCUGGUUGCCUUGUUUGAAGAAUAUGGAGAAAAUAGUUGUUACUGACGUAACAAGUAACUCUUUGACUGUAACCAUAAAAGAGAGUUCAACGGACAAAGGUUUCUUCAAAGAAAACAGAUGAUGUGAUUUUAGUUACUGUAUGUCUAUACAAUAUUGUAAUCAAAUUAGAAACCACCUACAUUUCUAUAUCAUUUCUAGUUUAUAAAUGUAAAGUCUUGCGAUCAUGCACAAAAUGCAAAAAAAAAAGUAUAUAGUUUAUGUUUGGCCUACAUUUGCAUUUUCUAUGAAAAUGAAGUUUAUUUUUCUAUUACCCAGAUUUUAUGUAACGUAUACCAGUUGGUUCUUUCUUUUGGUUGCCUUCUUCAGCUUUAUUAUGAAUGUAGGUUUUAGAGGCUGUAAACGCAUAUUAACGUUUCAACUUAAUGCACCUUUUUAAGGGAUAUAUUGUAAGUCCCUCUUUUAUGAACUUCUGGUAUUUUUCUGGUUAGAUUUUGUAUAUAUUUGAAGGUCCAAACAGUAGUUUCUAUUAAAGCACACCCUUUAAAAAGAGUGAAGGGAAAUGCUGCAGUAACAUUCAAACCCGUAUAGGCUCAGUUUAGGCCUAAAUAUUUAAGGCACAAUUAUGUAGGCUUUAGAAUCGUAUUUCGUUAUUUUUCGUUUUUCUAUUGAACUUAUAAUUGAUGUGGAUGUUAAAAUUUCAAUAUAAAGCUGCUUUACGAUUCUUUUGCCAUUCAAAAACGAAAUUGAUGUCGUACAAAUAAUUUCUAAACUUGCGGAAUACUUCAGUGAGCUCGAAGCCUGUUUAAGUGAUGAAAAUAAACAUUUUAAUAAAAUUAAACGAUGUUAACCCGUUUAAGUAACGGUGGAGAGUAAAUAAGAGUUCAGUAUUUUUGCAGAGAGUCAAUGUGUAUCAAAUCGAAAAUAAAAGUGUAAUUUAUCUAUGUAGAAUUGAUUCAAAACAUGUUGCUCACGCAUAAUGAUUAAAAGUUAAUCAUUUUCAUGCUUGUACAUCAUUUCUACCUGGCCUUAUAUUUUGUGUAUCAUUUAAUUAACAAUUAUUUUUUUUACAAAUAUCGGAAAGCCUUUUUUAAUCGGGGAUAAAUUACAGACUGCGUGCCUGUAAGCAAAGUCUAAAAUAAAUGGUAAACCGAUAUAUAUAAUAUUUUAAACCGCAUGUCGGCAUAUUUUGUUCAUCUUAAAUAAAAAUCAUUCGUCGUAGCUCAGAUAUUCACUCUGUUUCAAACUUAUUUCUAAUAUAUAAUUUAUUAUACAUAAAAUAACAUAAUAUUAACAUUAUAUGUUAUAUUUUAUACAUUUUAUUAUUAAGAAUAAUACGCCACCGUAUAAGUGUCGUAUAGCGAAUAAUAAUUAAUCAAUUCCGUAGGCUAUUUCUAUUUUUAAAGAUCUCUAAUGAAAGAAAUCAAUUCAGAUUAAGGUGUUUGAUGUGUCAACAAACUCCACUAUUAUUUUGUCAAUAUUUUUCAAUAAUUGCAAAAAUACAAACGCUAAAAUUAAUUUCAUUAGAGGCGUGAUUUCAAAUUGAAUGUCGUGUUUUCUAGGCCUAAUAGUGAGAUCUUGUUGAGGAAGUUCAGUUCACCAAAAGCCACAAGAUGUCGCCGUGAACUUGAUACAGCAGAUAUGUAUUCCUUUUAAUAAUCCCUUUAAUUCCGUCUAUCACUGAUAUACUGUGAUUUUUGCUUCAAAAUGAAAUAUUGAAAAACCCACAGGGCGUAUAACUAACAGUCCCAGACUGCUCGAUGUGUCAAAGGUCCCUGUUUGUACUGUAGCCCAGAUUUCAUUGGUUUAAUUUGGAAUCAUCUGUGUUUUGUGUUUUAGAAUUCAAAUGUAAAAUAAACAUCUGAGACAUUAAGAUGUCAACACUUAACACUGAAAUAAAUUUUAAAAUAAUUCUAA